AUGGCACCAGUGACUUUGAAAACGGUCGAUGACGACCUCAAAGAUGUGAUCCAGCACCUCUUCGAGAUACAAUCUGCCGUCCACGGCUAUCUAGGCCCAGAAACACAGCAGGAGCUUGUACGAAAGAUCAAAAACCUAACUAUCGCCCUCUCAACUUUGUCAACACAUACUCAACUCCCACCAACACAAGAAAACCAGCCAGACACAAGUACCGACCCCUCCAAUCCCUCUCUCGCCAGCAUCCAGCUCCCACCAGAGAUAAUUGACUACGUCGACUCGGCGCGCAACCCGGAUAUUUACACGCGAGAGUUCGUUGAGCUUGUGCAGCGUGGGAAUCAGGACCUGCGCGGGAAGCGUGAGGCAUUUGCGAGCUUCCGCGACGUACUGGCCCGCGAGAUACGCAGCGCUAUGCCCGAGUGUCGCGGCGAGGUUGAUCGCGUGGUUGCUGCGACGGGUGGGGCGGUGAAUGGACCUGACGGUGUUACUGGUGAUGCGAGUACUUCUCGGCGUGCAUUUUGA